GCUCUGAACUUGAACUUUUUUUCAUUAAAUUGAUGAACGCGAUAUUUGUUAUUUUGGUAUAAGCGAGUUGACAUAUAGUCGUUUAAGAAUGAUAAGAACUGUGUCUAUUGGUAUACUAGUAUUUUUGCUAACUCAUUUUUUCAUAGAAAAUUCACCAGGCCAAAACUUUCAAUUGCCUGCAGAGGAAAUAUUAAAAAAGUAUUUAAAUAUAACUGGAGCAGAGUUGAUGAAAAAAUGCACUGCAAAGGAUAAAUGCCUUGCUUCCAAAGUUGUUGAUCUGUCAAACGAGAAGAAACUUGCAGGCGAAAAUCUAAUAAUCCAUAUAGUAAACGAAGCAAAGAAAUUACAUUCAGUUACUGAAAAUGAUUGGAAUAAUCUCAUAAAAAACCACUGUCAAUCUAGUCCUUUCUUCAUCGUAAGUUUGCAAAUAUCUUUUGGUUAUACUGGUGGUUGUCUUUCUGCAGGACAAAUUCCAAGCCCUGACCUCACAAACAAGGCUAUAGAGGAAUAUAAAGAAAUUUAUUGUUCUCGAGUCAAAGCAUCGGCAAAGAGAAAGUUUCAAAGUGGAAAUUAAUAUAUCAUGUUUAUUCCGUUCUUUGACAAGUACUUAACUUCUUUAAUCAAGCGUGAUAAUGGUUAUACAUAUUUAUUGUCCAAAAAGGAAAUCCAUAAAAAUAUUGUUUCUAUUUAACAAAAAGCUCAUGAAAUGUAACAACGAAAGAGUAAAGUAUAAAAUAACAAA